AUGUCGCCAGUCUCCGUCGAUGGAAGCGACUGGUCUGGACUGAACCAGUAUGGAAAAUCGGAAUCCCCAUUCUCACCAACAUUCCCAUCAUCUCGCGCCAACCUAGCCACACCCCCGACCUCCGGCGUCCCCAGCGCACCCUUGAGCCCAAACGGCGGCGGCGGUCCUCCCUCACUAUCCCCAUCGAACCUAAGCAGCAACCCGUCCCCUCCCAGCUCCGUCGCCGCAAGAUCAAGCAUCGGCACAAUAGGAGGAGAUGCCGGCCCACGAGAUGGCAGACGAUACCGCCAGAUGGAAGAGAUCCUGGGCCAACACUAUGUAGUCCUCCGACGAUUUCUGAACGGCACAGCUCGCGAAGAAAACGGCAAGUCAAACAAAGCCCGCGACAAACUGCUACGCCUAUCCCCGACCCAGUUCCACGAACUGUCAACAGAUGUAUACGACGAAUUGAUUCGGCGGCAGCAGGCCAUGCCGCCUCCAGGCCGACCACCCCGUCCAGACGUACCCCCCUACCUCCCAUCCCGCGCCGACUUCCACGAAAAGCGCAACCACGCCCGCCAAAAGCUGGCUGCGCUGCACCACCAGCGCUUCCGGGACCUCGCGACCGAUGUCUUCUGUGAGCUAGAGCGCCGCUUCCCUCACUUUACCAGCCGGGAGUUUCGAGCACGCCCGCCCCCGAAUAUGCCCCCGGGCUCGAGGGGCUCGCAGCAGUCGAGGGGGCCUCCCUCGCGCAUGGGUCGGGGUUAUCCUUCUGGUGGGCCGCCGGGUAGUCCGUUCCCGCCGCGUGGUGGUUCUCUUGGGGGAUCACCGGCUGGAAUGAAUGGGGAUGGGCCGUUCCCUCGGGCUUUCCAGAGCAAUACGAUGGUUCCGAAUAAGAGCACGAUGGUUGAGGAUAGUGAUGAUAUGGGAGGCGAGGAUGAGGAUGAUGCUCGUAGUGAUGCUUUUGCGUUGGAUGCUGUGUUGAGUCGUCGGGGGACUACGACGACUUUGGGUGAUAGUGAGCGGAAGUUGUUGCUGGAGAGUCAGUCGCAGGUUUCGGCUUUGCAGGAUAAGAUUGAGAAGUUGGAAGAAUUGGUUCGCUCCAAGGACGAGGAGUUGGCUCAUUCGUCACAAGAUGCGGAUUCCUCUGGGAUCAGCCAUAAUGAGCGACAGGAGUGGGAUGACUUGCGACAGGAGCUUGAGAAUAAGGUAUCAAAAGCGGAGGACCUUAACAGCUCGCUCCAGCUUGAGCUUGAGAGAGUUCGGACAGAGCAUGACACGAUGGAACGUGACCUUCGCAGCCAGCUCGAAGAGUCUUCUCGGGGAGUCGAGGAUGCUGGUUUGCAGUCGCGGUACGCUGAUCUGGAAAACCAGCACCGGAGUCUGCAAGCAGCGCUGCAGCAGCAGCAGCAAGUAACCGACGAGGUCAAGCGGGAGGCGUCAGCUUUCCUCGUGGAAAUGAAGACCCUCACAGCCGAGAGCCACGCAAACUGGGAACGCGAAGAACACUUGUCCAACGAAGUCCACCGACUGGAGGCAGACGCCAACGAAUGGAAGCACCGCUACGCCAAGGUCAAGGCCCAGCUACGGCACCUCCGCACCUCAUCCGGUGGCUUCGCCGACUCUAGACCCGACGCAAGGGUUUUCACCAAAGAGCACGAACUCGUCCAAGUGGACGGUCUGGUCAAAGAUAUCCACGUCACCAAAUUCCAGAUGUCAAUCGACGAACUUCUCCGCGUUGCGCGAUUCGAGGACUCACGAGUGGUACUCCAACAAAUCAAGAUGGUGGUCGUGGCCGUCCGCCAUGUCCUCCAAGACGUGGACCACUCCCCAAUCCCGGUGGAUGGUACAGCUGCGCAGCGCACCAAGGCCAAGAGCCAGGUAUCAAACACGGCAAACAACAUGAUCAUCGCCACGCGCAACUUCGCCAGCUCUGGUGGUCUGUCUCCAGUGUCGCUCCUCGAUGCUGCAGCUUCGCAUCUUUGCACUGCUAUCAUCGAGUUGAUCCGCAUCGUGAAGAUUCAGGCUUCGCCUGCGGAUGAACUAGAGGAUGAGGAUGAUGAGGAGGCGGAUGUUUCUCAGACCCAAUUCCCUGAUUACUUUGAUACCUCUGCUAGCCAGAAGCGGUUGAGCAAUGACUCUGUCUACAGCGCUAUGAGCCGUCCUGACGAUUCUCAAUUCCCUGCUAUGCAGAAUGGUUACACUAACGGUGUCAACCAUGACGGUUGGGGUGUGCCGCAGGGUGACCACGAAGUGUUGGAACUGAAGCUUCACGUCGAGAACCAAACCGACGGCAUGGUCCAAUCCAUCCAGGCACUGGUAGCCAGCAUCCGCGCCGGAGAACAACUACACACAGUCCAGACGCACGUCAACGACAUCUCAGGCGUCGUCGCAAACGUCGUCAACUACACAGAGCGUCUGAUGCAUGAACGAAGUGGCGACGUUGCUCUACGGCAGACCUCUGAACCGGUUAUCCACGCUUUGGAACAAUGCCGCAACAGACUGGUAGCCACUGCAGAAGAGGGCCAAGACGCUACAACACCUGAGGAACUGCGCGAAGUCACGAAUAAGCUGCCGCCCAUUGCAUUCGAGAUCGCUCGUGAGACGAAAGAUCUCGUUCAGCGUCUCGAGUCCAUGGCGUCUGCCGAUGAUGAGGAUGAUUUCCGGUGA